UCAGUAAACAAGAAGUAGAACAGGGCAGCGCUUCAUUUCGGAGUAGCAGGCACAAAAACGUCCUGAAAAUGAGAUUUUGAUAUUGUUUCCUUCAUUAGUUCUGUGUGUAUGCCUGGCAGCGGUGUGAGUCCGUAUGUGUUUUAUCAGGAGCAGAGUGAUAAAUCCCGUCAGCCUGAGCGCUUGUAGUCGGGGUGCUAGUUUCUUCUAACUAGUUAGCAUCGAUGAGGAAACCCAGCCUCGCCCUCUGUGCUGUAAACAAGUCUGACCAGCUCGUACAGAGUUAGUUAGCAGGCCGCCUGUGAAAGAAAGAAACCGGCAGAAUGACAGAUGAUGUCGUCCUGCUGGAUGUUCCUGUCAUCCGGCAGCUGUACCACUGGGACUGCGGCUUAGCCUGCUCCAGGAUGGUCCUCAAAUACCUCCACCCAGUCAGCGAUGAGGAGUUUCAGAGGGUGUGCUGGGAUCUGAAGCUGACAGAGAGCGUGUGGACUAUUGACCUGGCCUACCUCAUGUGCCAUCUGGGAAUCAAACACUGCUUUUGCACACAGACUCUGGGUGUAGAUAAGGGCUUUAGAAACCAGUCCUUUUACAAGAAGCAUUUUGAUACGGAAGAAAACAGAGUGAAUGAGCUCUUCCUUAAAGCUGACAGCAAAGGUGUGGUGGUGAAAAAAUGUUCUGUGGCAGUUCAGGAAAUCCAGGCUCAUCUGGAGCAGGGCCACGUUGCCAUAGUGCUGGUCAACGCUGUGGUGUUGACGUGUGAGCUGUGCUCCCUGCCUGUCAAAUACUGCUGCUUCCUGCCCGUGGGUCAGAAGUGUUUCUGCAGGAAGCCAGACUAUCAGGGUCACUUUGUGGUUGUCUGUGGCUUCAACAGGACUUCCGGCUCUGUCUUUUACAAUAACCCAGCAUAUUCUGACCGGGUGUGCUGCACCAGUGUCAGUAACUUUGAGGAAGCCAGACGGAGCUACGGGACAGAUGAGGAUAUCCUGUUCGUCUUUAAGGAGAGUUGAUGGAGAGUGAUGGUGGUUUUGGAUUUUGUCAUUAUAGGAACAUCAAAAUGCUGCAGAUCCCGAGUCUAGUUCUGUCUGCUGCCACACACCCUCCAGGCUUUUUUCCAGCGGUGCUAAAAAGCCUGAUCACAUAUAUACAUGUACUGUAUAUGCCAACACUACUCAACCUUUGAAGGAUUUAGGAAUCCAAGAUGGAUUUUAUUUUUCUUUUUUUUUUCAUGAUGAACAGAUUUCAAAUGAAUUUUAUUGUCCUUGUGGAAGUUUUUAAUGACUGCAGUUGUACUGAGAAUGUACAGACUUGCACAACUGUGGCAGAACUGUGGGAAACAUGAGCUGGAGUAGAAAUUACCAGGAAAUGGUGUGCACAUAAUUCAGGGCUGAUGAUGAUAAUACAUAGGAUGUUAAUUUAUUUGUUCUGUUCAGUGUUAACAUGAAGCUGCUCAUCUGUCGCCCUCAGCCUGGCCUCUACUUGCCUUUUAAAAAUCCUCCCAACUCGCCGCAUUUUAAUCAGACAGUUCUGUAAACAGGGAAUACAGGACGCAGGACAUGAGAGUAUCAGGUAAUUAAUGCUCUAAAUUGUGAAUCACACGACGAAGCAAGUUCAAUGCAAUACUCCAUAGAUGUAUGGAACUCAUAGACACUCGACGCAGACAUAAGGACACGUGAAUUCAGAGGAUUUGUUUGCUUCACUGGAAAGCAGCUCAGCAUGUUGUUCUGGUGCCUUUGGAACAUGCUGGAUAGAUGGAUUGGUAGAAUAAGUCAUUUUGGUUUGCAAUGCUGAUGAGGUCGUCACUCAGUUUUAUUUUUAAGUUUGGUUAUUAUGUACAUGUUUUUGCACUACACUUUCAUACCAGACAUAACUAUUGUGUUAUUUAAAUUAUAUUUCUAAAUCUAGGAAAAGUUUGUUCUGUCUGGUUGUGCUUUUGGGUGAGAAACAAACCACAAGCUUUAUUUUUUUAUUAUGCA